GCACAAGCGGCCGGCGCUGCGCAGGGCCAUGGCGUUCCUGUCCGGGCCGCGCCUGCUGGACUGGGCCAGCUCACCUCCGCACCUGCAGUUCAAUAAGUUCGUGCUGACCGGCUACCGGCCGGCCAGCAGCGGCUCCGGCUGCCUGCGCAGCCUUUUCUACCUGCACAACGAACUGGGCAACAUCUACACACACGGGCUGGCCUUGCUGGGUUUCCUGGUGCUGGUGCCAAUGACUAUGCCCUGGAGUCAGCUGGGAAAGGAUAGCUGGCUGGGGGGCACACACUGUGUGGCCUGCCUGGUUCCCCCUGCCGCCUCUGUGCUGUAUCACCUCUUCAUGUGCCACCAAGGGGGCAGUUCUGUAUACGCCCGGCUUCUUGCUCUUGAUAUGUGUGGAGUCUGCCUCGUCAACACCCUCGGGGCCCUGCCCAUCAUCCACUGCACCCUGGUCUGUAGGCCCUGGCUGCGCCCGGCUGCCCUGAUGGGCUACACCCUGCUGUCUGCUAUAGCCGGCUGGCGAGCCCUCACUGCCCCUUCCACCAGUGCCCGACUCCGAGCCUUUGGCUGGCAAGCUGGGGCCCGUCUGCUGGUGUUUGGGGCCCGUGCAGUAGGGCUGGGCUCAGGGGCUCCAGGUUCCCUGCACUGCUAUCUGCGCAUGGAUGCGCUGGCACUGCUUGGAGGGCUGGUGAAUGUGGCCCGCCUACCAGAGCGCUGGGGUCCUGGCCGCUUCGACUACUGGGGCAACUCCCACCAGAUCAUGCAUCUGCUCAGCGUGGGCUCCAUCCUACAGCUGCACGCCGGUGUUGUGCCUGACCUGCUCUGGGCCGCCCACCACGCCUGUCCCCCAGACUGAGCUGCCUCCUGUGCCAGCUUGCCCACAGCCUCCUGGAACAAUAAUGCCACCUUCCCUCCUUCUGGUCUGCAAGGGGCUGGCUCCCUUGAUGCUUACAGCGCUUGAGACUUCCCAGCUGGGAGCCCUUGUCUGUUCAUUCUUCCCUCUGGACUAACCUCUUCUUUCACCCAGGCCUUGGAACUCCAACUUCCCCUCCCUGCCUUCUUCCUCCUGGGUACUAUGUCAGCUGCAAGGAAACCUUUCCUUCUCUGGACCUGUUUACCCUGUUACCUGUGAGGGUUGGGCCAGGGAGACUCUAAGGUUAUAUCCUGUUCUGACAGCUGGAGUCCUGCAAACUUGCCACACCUGCCAACCCAGACCCAUCAUCCCCCGAUACUGCCCUCACAGGUCUCUGGGCUAGCCCCUCUGGCUCCUGUUUCCUGACCUCCAUCUCUGCCUUGCAUGCCAGCCUCCUAGCCAGAAGCCCUGCCACCUUUCUCCAUUUAAAGACUGGAGUAAGGGUCUGGGGCAGCAGGACCAGCCCAUUUUCCCAAGACCCAGUGGGUCCUGGUCUUCUUGCACCAGCUGGACAAGGGACAUGAGGACAGUGGCUGCUUUUCCCAGUUAACAGACAGACAUGAAGUGAGUGACUCUGGACCCAGGCCCCACUGGGCUAAGGGUCUGCCCCCACCUUCAGUGCCAUGAUCUGAUGGCUCCCUGCCUGCUGGGAACAUGCCCACUCAGGAAAUCUCUAUCCCACACAGUGUGUGGUGCCAGUCUGCUGAGCCAAGGCCUGGGGCCCUGGGAUCUACAGCAGGGCUCAGCCUCAUAGUAGGAUCCUCCCAGUAGCCCAAGACCCUGGGCAACAUCAAUAAAGGGACAGAAAAUGCUCUAUUGCCACUAGAGCAAGCUUGGGUACUCCCAAGAUUCAAAUACUUUUUAUUAUACACAGUAGAUCCCAAAGGGACCCAGCUUUCCAGGGGAAGGGACAGGGAAGGAGUAAGAGGUUAAAAGUAGAGAAGCUGGACCUACAGCUCAGGCUGGGUCCAGUGAGUCCUCAAAUAGGCUGAGGAGGUUCCUAGGCUCAAAGGAAGGACAGGAACUCCGAGGAAGCUCUGAGUCCAUGUUACUUAGGUCCAGGGCAUCCCUGUAAGAAAAGAAGAAUGACACUCAGGAUCCCAAAACCAACCCUGCCCAGCCCCAGCUCUGGGGCCUGCUUACCUUGGUGUGUACCUGCCCCGGGGGGUGGAAGUACUCCUGGCAGCCCGGGUCAGGAUGGCCUCUGGGGAGAGCGAAGGCCUAUAGGAAGGUAGGCAAAACAAGCAAGGAGGUGAGAAGUGUAGGAGAGCAACCCCACUCAGGUUCUAGCCCUGACGGAGGGAUAAGGGCCACAGUCAGGACCAUAAAGAUGUGGUACACUUGGACAACCUUCAAGCUCUCCCAUCUGACUGUGCCCAAAGGCCUUUCUGUUCAUUUUCAGAAUAUAGGCUUUAACUGAGCUGGAUCUCAGGUGAACUUUUGGUAAAUGAAGCUGUGCUGGCACUUCCCUUGGGCUACAAAGUGCCCUCAGAGUGAGAGUGACAUUAUUAUAAGGAAGGGAUUCCUUCGAGAGCUGUGUAUUUGGGGCAUGUAGGUUUCUUGUGCAGGAGUUUCUUAAUUACAGCCUCUCACUUGGCCACCUGAGACUAAGGGCAUCCUCUCAGAGUGGGGACUUGCCAGGCUCUGAGAGAUUUUUCUUCAUCCAGGGAAAGAAAAUGCCCUAUUCCUGGGCAUUUGCAGCCUCUACUGAGGUGGGGGUGCCCCUGCCUAUCCUGGCAGGUACACUGGCCUUCCUACCACUUACCAGUGUGAAGCUGUGUUGUGGAUGGCAGUCACCCCACUCACUGAGUUGAAUUCACAUAGACAAAGCUGUGACUCCCAUUCAUCAGACCUCCAUUUAGCUAUACUAUGGGCCCACUCCAGGUGUAGGAGCUCUCACUCACCCUAUGCUGUCAUCAUCCCAGCUGCUGGAGAGGCUGCUAUCCAGGAGGCUGCAGGGUGGCGAGCCAGGUGGGGUCACUGGUGGACCUGGGGGCUGCAGCCAGCUGGCAGGGUGAGCUAGGCUGUGCCAAAGCCAGCACAGCAGGGUGAGCAGAGCCUGUGGGGAGAGGAAACCUCAAGAAGCCAGGCAGGCCCUGGGGUGGGCUUUAGGUAACAUGGCCCGGCACUGUGGCAGCUUACCUGCCAUAGAGCCCAGCCUCGACUUAGGGCUUCAGCAGCCAUGCACCACAGGAUAUUCCAGGGCCUUGGCUGCCUCAGCAUGGGCAGGGCCAGCAGGGCCUCAGCCGUGGCCCGCAGCUGGGGGUCAGGCUCCAGCAUCAUGACAAGGACAGAACGCAGCUCAGCAGACAGACCUGCCCAUUGGACAAAGCCAUGUCAAAGAUUCCAGGGCACUGACUGGGCCCUGAGCCCAGCAGUACCCCUACCACCAGCUACUCCCUGCCAUAGGAACUGGUGGCAGCCUGCCACUGGGCCCUCCACUCACCAGCAGUAAACUCAGGAGGCAGGUAGCCCUGGCGCAGCUGCUGCCAGCCCUCUCCACCAUGGGGCAGUUCCAUGUUGCAGGCCACUUCCAGGAUGGUGAGACCCAGACUAGGGACAGAAUGGGGACAGAGUUGACUUUGAAACACAGACCCCAAUCCCACUGGAGGGUGGGUAGGGCUGUUAUCUUCUACCAUAAGCCAGGGAAGUGAUGAAAGAGGGGUGGGGACUUAAGAGUCGGCUGCAGCAGGGCCAAUGAACUCCAGGCUGGAUGGGGACCUUGUUGUGAAGGGUUAAUCCUACAUCCCAGUGCAGCCCACAUGUUGCUGUAGUGGUCCUCCAAUACCUCACUGAUGGGCACCUGAGUUUCUAAGGUUACUAAUGUCAUCCUCAUUCUGCUGAGAUGGUCAGAUACAAGUGCUGGAGGCAGGGCAGUGUUGCCAGCAUGAAACUGGAACCCAGUGCCUGGGCCCAGUCCCGCUGCUAACUGUGAAUUCAGGGUAAGUCCCUCAACCUCACUGCACUGUUCCCUCCUGUAUCAGAGUAAUAGCCAUUCUUCCCUUAGAAAUGUAAGGAUAUGGCUAGGCUAAGUGAAGCUACUCCAAAGGGCUUGCUGGUUUUAAGAAGCAUGCCAAGGAGAUCUCUUGGCUAUAAGGCAGACACAGCAUCUCUGAGGCCUGAGGCUAAAUGUCUUCCUGACCUAGGGCCAGGAUGGAGGUCCUCUUCUAGGGAGUCCUUUUCUCUGCUGACCACUCCCAUACAAGGGCCACACAACCCCUCCAUGUCCUAGCCCUCACCUGAACACAUCUGCCGCUGUCCCGUAGGAGCCCUGCAGCAGCUCGGGGGCCAUGUAGCGGGGGUCUCCCUCCUGGGCCUCACUGGCUCCAGUGGCACCCAGCUCCACCAGCAGGCCAAAGUCACCCAGCUUACAGCGGCCCCGAGGCCCCAGGAAGAUGUUGGCAGGCUUGACAUCAAGGUGAACCAGGCCUUGGCCAUGCAGGUGGGCCAGAGCAAGCAGAGUGUCUCGAAGGUAGCCCCAGACUUGGGUCUCGGGCAGGCUGGCGCCCCAGGCUUCACAGUGUUGCUGAAGGCUGGGCCCGCACAACUCCGUCUGCAGGUACAGGAUGCCGCCCUCCUCCCAGGCUCUCUCCAACCGCACGCAGCGUGGAUGCUGCCCCACCUUCUCGUGGCCGCCUACCUCAGCCAGCUUGCGGGCCCGGUCCUUGGGACCCCGGAAUGGCGACAUAGAACGUUUGACCGCAUAGAGACGGCCAUCUUCCUUGGAGCGCACCUGCAAGAGAAAUAGUGCCUGCAGGUGGGGGUGGGGGCACAACUGAUAGAUGCUAUUAAGAUAUCACACAUGUGGAGGGGCAACACAUCUGUCUUAGAGAGAUGCUGGCACAUGGUGAUAUGCUGGAGACCCAGCCAUGGAGGAGGCAGGGCAGACCCAUGGACUCUGGCCCAGGAGAUUCUCUAGAGCACAGUGCUAAGUGGAAACCAUGGCUCCAGAACAGGGGCAGCCUGCUCUGCUAUGCACAGCUUUCCUCUGGGUAAGAUAGCUGGCCCAGGGGACUAUUUUCCUUGCAUUUAAUAAAGAUAACAAAAUUA